CAAAUCCAGAAACCGUCACAGUUCAAAUUUUCAAAAAAAAAAAAAAAAAAACUCAAAAAUGGAGAAGUACGAGAAGCUAGAGAAGGUCGGAGAAGGAACGUACGGAAAAGUCUAUAAAGCGAUGGAGAAAGGCACUGGUAAGCUCGUAGCUCUGAAGAAAACUCGUCUCGAAAUGGACGAAGAAGGUAUCCCACCCACCGCUCUUCGUGAGAUCUCGCUUCUCCAGAUGUUAUCUACAUCGAUCUAUGUUGUUCGAUUGCUCUGCGUCGAACACGUUCAUCAGCCUUCAACCAAAUCCCAAUCCCCCAAAUCCAAUCUCUAUCUCGUUUUCGAGUAUCUCGACACUGAUCUUAAGAAAUUCAUCGAUUCGUAUCGGAAGGGACCUAAUCCUAAGCCUCUUGAGCCUUUUCUGAUUCAGAAGUUGAUGUUUCAGCUUUGUAAAGGAGUUGCUCAUUGUCAUAGCCACGGUGUGCUUCACCGUGAUCUUAAACCGCAGAAUCUUCUUCUGGUGAAAGAUAAAGAGCUUCUUAAGAUUGCUGAUCUGGGUCUUGGUCGUGCUUUUACUGUUCCUCUUAAGUCGUAUACGCAUGAGAUUGUUACUCUUUGGUAUAGAGCUCCUGAAGUUCUUCUUGGAUCCACUCACUAUUCAACUGGUGUUGACAUGUGGUCUGUUGGUUGCAUAUUUGCUGAGAUGGUUAGGAGGCAAGCUCUCUUCCCUGGUGAUUCUGAGUUUCAGCAAUUGCUUCAUAUCUUCAGGCUGCUAGGAACACCAACCGAGCAGCAAUGGCCGGGUGUUUCCACUCUCCGUGACUGGCAUGUCUACCCUAAGUGGGAGCCGCAAGACUUAACUCUUGCUGUUCCUUCUCUUUCACCUCAAGGAGUUGAUCUUCUCACGAAAUUGCUCAAGUACAAUCCAGCCGAAAGAAUUUCAGCAAAAACAGCUCUUGAUCAUCCAUAUUUUGAUAGCCUUGACAAGUCUCAGUUCUGAAGCGAAGCACACACAAGUUCUUUGGUGAAUCUGUUGUCAUCUUCUUGGUGAAUUUAAACAUUUGUUUUAUGUUUGGUUUCCGACACAUCAGUGUCUUAUGACUGGAUUAGAGAUCUGUAGUAUUGCAGAAGAAACUAGUAAAGCUUGUUUAUGGAGUGAAUGUAAUAUACAAUGGUCUGGUAGCAAUGAGAUGAUUGCAUCA